AUGCUGCUCAUACUCCUGCUGGCAGCCUUUUCUUCUUCUAUCUCCGGCUCCCUCUCCUCCUCCCUCUCCUCCCCCUCCAUGUCGGACGGACCCCCGAUGGCAGACCCGUCCACCUCGGACCUAAUGGCCGAGACCUGCAGCGCCUGCUCCUGCAUGUCUGUGGAGAAUGUGCUGUACGUCAACUGUGAGAAGAUCACCGUCUACCGGCCCACGCAGCUCAUCCCACCGGCCUCGUCCCUUUACCACCUCAACUUCCAGAACAACUACUUAAUCAUACUUUACCCAAACUCAUUCCUGAACUUCACCCACGCUGUGUCACUGCAGCUGGGGAACAAUAAACUGCAGAACAUUGAAGGUGGAGCCUUCCUGGGGAUGAGUGCGUUGAAACAGCUGCACCUGAACAAUAAUGAGUUAAAGGUGCUGCGAGCGGACACUUUUCAAGGGAUAGAAAACUUGGAAUACCUUCAGGCUGACUACAACUUGAUCAAAUAUAUUGAAAAGGGAGCAUUUAAUAAACUGCACAGGCUAAAAGUGCUGAUUCUGAAUGAUAAUCUUGUACAGGCGCUACCUGACAACAUAUUUCGCUUUGCCUCACUCACCCACCUGGAUAUAAGGGGAAACAGGAUCCAGAAGCUUCCCUAUUUGGGUGUUCUGGAGCAUAUAGGGCGCAUAGUAGAGCUGCAGCUGGACGACAACCCCUGGAACUGUACCUGUGAUUUAGCACCUCUCAAAGCAUGGCUUGAAAACAUGCCCUAUAAUAUUUUCAUUGGUGAGGCCAUAUGUGAAACACCAAGUGAUUUGUACGGGAGGCUCCUGAAAGAAACCAACAAACAGGAGCUGUGUCCCAUGGGAACAGGAAGUGACUUCGAUGUAAGGAUGCCGCCUGCACCGCCAGAUAAUGACCCCUCCAAAAUGUCUCCGACCACCGUGGCUCCCAUGGCCACAAAAUCGCCAAAAACCACUGACUCAUCAAAGAUAUACGGUAAUGGUAUUGUGGCUGGUUUGCCCCCCUUUGGAAGAAAUAGUCAGAUCGUUUCCUUUCAGACACGGACCCCUCCAUUGAUGUGUCCACAGCCUUGCAGUUGUAAAGCCCACCCAUCUGACUUCGGCAUUAGUGUCAGCUGCCAGGAGAGGAGUAUUAAAAGUCUGGCUGAUCUAAGUCCCAAACCCCAAAACGCCAAGAAACUUCACCUGAGUGGGAACUACAUCCGCGACAUAAUUCCAGCAGAUUUCCAAGGCUUUGAGGGCUUAGAUUUGUUACACCUUGGCAGUAAUCAAAUUUUCACAGUCCAGAAAGGUGUGUUUUCUAACCUCACUAACCUGAGGAGACUGUAUUUGAAUGGAAACCAGCUUGAAGAGUUACACCCAGAGAUGUUUUUGGGCCUCACAAAUCUACAGUACCUAUAUUUGGAAUACAAUGCCAUAAAAGAAAUCUUAGCAGGCACAUUUGACUCCAUGCCGAACCUACAACUCCUGUAUCUCAACAAUAAUGUUCUGCGGAGUCUUCCCGCCUACGUGUUUGCGGGUGUGUCUUUAGCCAGACUGAAUCUAAAAAACAAUCACUUCAUGACCCUACCAGUGAGCGGUGUCUUGGACCAGCUGCAGUCAUUGACCCAGAUAGACCUGGAAGGAAACCCAUGGGAGUGCUCCUGUGAUCUGGUCGCCCUCAAACUCUGGCUAGAGAGGCUAAGUGAUGGAGUGGCCGCCAAAGAGGUGAAAUGUGCCUCCCCUGUGCAGUUCUCCAACAUUGAGCUGCGCCUUUUGAAAAAUGAGAUCCUAUGUCCUAAGCUCAUUGCAAGGCCGCCGUUUAUUCAAACUAGCGCCACCCCUGUUUUGACCUCUGUGUCGCCUGCUGGAGUUGGCAAAGCACCACCGGGAGGACCUGUGCCUCUCUCGAUUAUGAUCCUUAGCAUCCUUGUAGUGCUUAUUCUGACUGUGUUUGUGGCCUUCUGCCUUUUGAUCUUUGUCUUGAGGCGGAAUAAAAAACCAGUGGGUAGGCAGGAGGGGCUGGGGAAUCAGGAGUGUGGCUCUAUGUCAUUGCAGCUCCGCAGGCACAACCAUAAAUCUGGCAAGAAAGGUUCCAUCCCGGGGGACGACUUGGGAGGCGAGACAUUCAUCCCCCAGACCAUUGAGCACAUUGGCAAGAGCCACACCUGCGGAAUCGGACGCUCCUCAGACAUGGAUGCUGGGUACAAGUUUGCCGAAUCACAGAGGCAGAAGAUCAUCUUCCGGAACACCAGCGAUAAGGAAAAAGAGGCACUUUCCACCCUGGAGCGCAACAAACGCCUCAGCACCAUCGACGAACUGGAGGAGUUCCUUCCCAACCGAGAGCCCAGCAUGUUCAUUCAGAACUUCCUGGACAGCAAAAGAGAUUUCAACAGCAUAGGGAUGGGUGGGUACGAGAUCCGCUACCCGGACAAAACGCUGGAUAAAAAGAUGAAGAAGUCGUCACUGAUAGGCGGGAAUCACAGUAAGAUCGUGGUGGAGCAGAGAAAAAGUGAGUAUUACGAGCUGAAAGCCAAGCUACAAGGAACGCCUGAUUACCUGCAGGUGCUGGAGGAGCAGACUGCACUGAGUAAAAUGUAGGGAAUCCUGUGUUUGGUUAAGUGCAUUGAUUACACAUACACAAGGAAUCAGACCCACGUACAGGCAGACAGACAGCCAAACACACCUGCCUUUCUGUGGUUCUUUUUCCCCCUCAAGCCGCGCGCACACAAACACACACACACACACACACACAAACACACAGCAAAAAGUGCCUUCUGGAAAUCCUUAAUGACCAAUGCAGAGAUGGACAAAAUGGCUCCACACUACAAAGCUGUUACUAGAAUCAGCGUGAAUGAAUUCUACAGUAAAAGACCUUUUGGAUUAUCCACGCCACUACAUGUAUGAAUCCCACAUACAUACCACAGGACACCAUAAAAAGCAACCAGACAGUCACAGUAAUAUCUGCUGCUAUUGAAAUGGAUACUUACCUUGUUAUUUUUUGUUGUUCUUGUUCAUCUUUUUCUCCUCCUUUUUUGUUUUUUUUCCAACCAAAUCAAAGGGUCUUGAAAACAGUGCUUGAGAAUACACCUUGCCGCCGUCUUCAACCCUCUUUUAAAAGAGAGGGAGAAAAAAAAAAGGAGGCAGCAUGGGCUGUUGUUCUUUUGCUCUGGAAAGAAUCCAGAAUCACUACUUCUUGGAUGAGAUUAACAGAAUCAAUGACUCAGUGGAUGCUACUUUGCUUCUCUUCCUCUUUUUUUUUUAU